UAAUGUGUUUCAGCUGUCAAAUUUGCUAGUGCUAGCCUCUUGUGUAAAAACAUUUUAAUGUGGAUACAAAAAGAUUUUAAAACCUAACAUUUUCUCAUUAUUGUUUUUGUGUUAAUUUCUGUUUAAUAAGUACAUUUAUGUAGAUUUACGUGCCUCGUAUUUUCUAGUGCUUAUUGUAUCACUUUUUUGUUACGAUAACGUAGGCAUAAUGGACCUAGAAGACAAUGCAUUGGGCUUGACUCAGGAGCAGACCGACAAAAUGCUACAGUUCCAAGACUUAACAGGUAUUGAGGACAUGUCAAUAUGCAGAGAUGUUCUACAAAGACAUCAAUGGGAUUUGGAGGUUGCAAUACAGGAACAGCUCAAUAUGAGGGAAGGCAGACCUUCAGUGUUUGCGACAGAGGCGAGAGCUCCCCCCGUUGUUCAUGACCACAUAGCACAACAAGUGUUCACAGACGAUGCGCCUGAGAGUCCAGGCGGAGUUCGAGGGCUCCUGCGAUAUGUAGUCAACCUAGUAGUAUCAGUGUGUUAUAGUACAAUAUCUUCUGUAUUAAACUUGCUUCUAAGUUUUGUCAGGAAUGAUGAAAGAAGAUUGGUAACAGAUCCAUUGGGAGAUGUCAUGUCUUUCAUCAACAGCUACAGUCCCAGGUUCUCUCCCCACCCAGUGUUCUACCAGGGAACCUAUGCCCAAGCUCUCAAUGAUGCCAAGAAUGAGCUUAAAUUCCUUAUUGUGUACUUGCACUCUGAAUCAGCCACUGAGACACAAAACUUCUGCAGAACCACAUUAGCUGAUCCAGAUGUGAUCCAAUUUAUUAACACACAUGCCCUCUUCUGGGGGUGUUCCAUUGACUCAUCUGAAGGGUGGCGAGUGGCACAGUCUGUGGGGGGGCGCAGAUACCCCCUGCUGUGUGUGGUGUGUGUGAGGGAUCAUCGCAUGACUGUGGUGGCACGGAAUGAGGGCACUGCAGCACCGCAGCAGUUACUGCAGAGGCUGCAGAGAAUUGUAGAGGAGAAUGAACCACACCUUACUGCAGCUAGAGCCGACAGGGUGGAACGUGAAGUAACAGCCAGGCUGCGCGCGGCACAAGACGAAGCGUACGAGGAGUCGCUGAAAGCCGACCAAGAGAAGGAGCGGCGACGCGCCGCCGACCGUGAGGCGCGCGACCAGUUGCAGCGAGACCAUGAGCACAAACAGAUGCUCGAGGAGCAACACCGGCAGGAGAUAAUAGCUUCGCGCGCGUCGAUAGCUGCCAGCCUGCCCAGCGAGCCUCUGGCCGGCAAGGACGCCGUGGCGCUGCUGAUACGCCUGCCCGGCGGCGAGCGGCUCACCCGGCGCUUCCUGCUCGCGCACACCACGCAGAAUCUAUACGACUUCGUGUUCAGCCACCCACAGUCGCCGGAAGAGUUUGAAAUCACGACCAAUUUCCCAAAGCGCACCAUAGUGCGGGGGACGACCAACUUACAGGACGCCGGGCUUAAAGACCGCGACGUGCUGUUCGUGAACGAUACAAACGCAUAAUAACUUUUAUAAAAUAAUGAUUAAAAUAGUUUAAAAUGUCGCUGGUUUAUAAUUCGCCGUAAAGUAAACAUACCAAAAUGGCAGGGUCACAGGUAUUUUUUUCGAGUUGGAACUCUUACGAAACUUUGAGUUGAAUACGUCAUAAGUAAUUUUUUGAGUUAGUACAAAACUUCGAGUUAGAUACCAAUCUAUAAAAAAUUAACGAAUUCAUGAUAGAUAAUGCUGAAAAACUGCUAUUUUAAGCAAAUUUCAGGUGCAUAUUAAAAUUUUAAUUAUAUAAUGAUUUAUUUAUUUUGCUAUCAUCCGCGAAAAGUCGACGAACCCAUGCGACACCGUCACCUAGGUUCGACAAAAUACUCUCUACGUACGUUUCACCCCGAAACCGGAGCAUCCUCAGGAGAUGUUGACUCUAUUGUAGGGCCUGAUACUCAAAGCAGAUAGUCUAAGCAUGAGAACACCACUAUGUCAUAUUUGGCACAACCGUGAAAAAGUAUUCAGCUGCAUGUACCAAGGUGUCAAAAUAUUGGACAUACAGCGCUGAUUUUCUUGAACCUUGUACCAGACCGAACAGACCAGGGAGUAUUCUGUAACAAUAUUUUUAUCACUUCGACAGUGUGAUCUUCGAACUCGCAUCUAUCGCUCUCUGUCUAUAGUACCACGUUAGACAGAGAGAGAUAGAGGUGAAUUCGAAACUCGCACUUCCGAGAUAUACAAAACACCAUUACAGAAUAGGCCUCUUGGUAAUGGUGUAAAAAUUUUGUAUAUUGGUUAUUAUGUGUGUAUGUGUACAGCACUUUCGGCGAAUUAUUAAUCAAGCAGACAGCAUUCGCAAUAGUUAUAUCGGCGAGAUGUGAUGUGUGUAUGUUUAUGGGAAGAAAUCGCCAGUUUUAUUUUACUGGGACAGUAUGAGAAAAUUAAAGAGUAUAGAGAGAUACGGAAAUUGUCUAUGGGUACAUUAGCUGUGUUGUGAAUUUGUUUUAAGUACUAAUAUUAUUUUCGACGAUCUCUGGCGCAGUUAAGAAUGCUUUAGUUUUUUAUCAUCGAUUCCCAUAGUUUUCCAAAGGUCUGCGGAAGACUCGGUGGGGGUUCACACAAAUUUAUCUGGUUUUAUACUAAAUGAGGAGUUUUCUAAAUAAAAUAAUUUGUGAAUUGAUCGCUUCCUUGUGCUGUGAGUAGAUAUAAAAAAUUUAAAUUACAUUUUCCCUGGACAAUUUUACUUUUUGUCAUCCACUCACAGUACAAUUAAUUAAUUAAGUAAUCAAUUCUCACUAUUUUUUGUGUACAACUGUUAUUUUGUGGUGGCUGUUGAUUCAGCUGCAAAGGAAAUUUCCAUAGGUGAAACUAAUCGCAUUUUUUCCGAGUUUUGGUUAGAAAUUUAGCCAGUUAAAUUAGAAAGUGGUUUAUGAGAAAAAAAAGUUUGGAACCUCUGUUUUAUAUAACUGAUUUCUUUUUAAUCGGCUCAGGUAUGGUUUGGUACGCUAUAGCCACUCUACCGGCAAAAUUAUAAUCAUAGGCGUAUAUAGGGGUGGGCCGUGAAGGUCGUAGGCGUCAAACUUCGAGACCAUUCUAAUGUUGCAACGUGAACUGAACGCCGAAGCGUUUAACCCAGAGGCACAAUUAUCCGCCCACUGUAAUAUACUCCUCAUAUUAAAGAGGGCGGAUACUUAUGCCUCUGAGUGUAUUUUCUUAUACCUACUGGACAACAAUACGCCUCGCGUGCGGACUCAAAGUUUAGUGAGACCUUACUGCCAAGUCUCUAUACUGUUUCAGUUAUAUAAAAUACAUUUUAUUUAUAAAUAAAAUAGGAAUUCUUUUACAUGAUCUUCCAAAUAUAACUGUUUAUAUGUUAACUUGAGAGCUUAAAAACACAUCCAUUAUAAUAAAUGACGCUGUUUAAUAAUAUAUGAAAUAAAAAGCAAGGUAUUUUACUUUUCAAAAUCACUAUCUUUGAUCAUAUCAUUCAAGUAAGGUCCCAUUAAUGAGCCUAAAUCAGAAGAAAAUGCUUAAUGUAUUUUUGCUAUCGAGUCAACGAAUAAAGUAUAGAGCACCUAAUCUAAAAUUGAAGGACCAUCUCUAACUAUGAUAUUUACUCGUGAAAUGUGUUAGACGAAAUACUCAUGUAUGCGUGCUGUAUGGACUUAAUAUUGGCCUUCGAAAGCCACACAUGCCAUAAACCUUCAUAAAAUAUGAAGGUUUAUAAGGAAGUUUAUCAGCUUUUACCCUUAUUCGUGGUGAGACAAACUUUAAUGAAGUAUAUGGUAAUGGUAAGCUCUAGUUCUAAUAUGUCAACUAAUCAUGCAGUUAGUCCCGACAGGAAAAAUGAACGGGACAUCUCUGUUAUGCAUUUUUGUAUUACCUAUAUAUUCCGAAAUAUCUUCGUCCCGUUUUUCGGGGCACUAGGUUUCUAAGAUGCUUACAUAUUGUCCCACUUCUGAGUAGAACGAAAGUCGAUUCUGUAAAUUGAUAUGAAGAGCGUAUAAUGCCACUUACUUAUCUGGCCCGGUGGCCAAGACUGGCACUAACGCACUAACUAACGUCACGGCGGUCGCCAUUUUGAAAAAACAUUAACUAAAAUAGCGACAAAAGCGACACCCUCACCGGACCAAAUAUGUUUGGGGCACUAUAUUCGUGGCUCUUGAAUAAUGCCUUGGCCGCAUUCAUCGCGAUUAUGUGAAUACUUCGCCUUCGCGAAUGCCUACUGUCUCGAACUAUAUAACUAGUGCGGUCUAGGCAUAAAAUACUGUUUCUCCUGGAAAUGUUAUGAAGAUUUUAGAAAGAUCUCGGGAUAUUUGGAAACUUCUCAGCGAGCGAUAGCAAAAUGCCCAGUGAGUCGUACUUGUUUUUGUACAUAUACGUACAAUAUAUGUCUCAACCAUUCAUAGUUGGUACUUACUAAAAGGGAUUAUGUUUUUUUUAUUAUUUUCGUUAUUUCGGUUGAUUUUGGUCAUCAGAUUAUAUAAUAUUUAAAUUGAUGAUUUUGUUGCGUUAUUUUGUUUAGAUUUAUUUGUUUAAAUAUGUAUACGAAUUGAUUCAUAAUAAUUGUUAAAUUACAAGCAAUAAAUGAAAAGGUGUACCUACCACUAAAAAUGUUACUUGAAUAAAAAAUGCUGGCUGGUUUGUAAACUGUCAGGAAUAAUAAAUAUUAAUUACACUGCUAAUUCUUAUGCAAUAAGGUUAUGUUUUUUUUACGAACGAGGAAAUAGUUUUUUUUUAAUGUUGUAGUAAUAUUCUAUCACAGUGUACCUAUCAAUACAUAAUACAGUAGGAAACUAUCUUAUGCCGGAACCACAGCUUUUCAAAACUUCCAUAAACCAUCAUAAAUUAAAAUGUAUGAGUAGAGUCAAUUUACGGAUAGAACCUACGGAUCUCUAGAAUUGCAGCAAGUUCUAUAUUAGAAAGGGUAUCCAAAACUGCUCUAGUAAGGUCUUACCAAAGGAGAUGGUCCAAAAUUGUAUGGAGCCCAGGAUCAGUCAUUGUACCCUGACGGAAAUAAAAGAAAAUAUUUUUUUUAAACUAUUUUUGAUUAUACAAAUCUACGAAUUUACUUUAAUUCUUUCGAAAUAAUAUUAAUUCUCUCCCAAGAAAAGCAACACUACUAAGGGUAAUAAUGACGGAUUGAUGAUGUUUUCAAUGCAGUAGUCGAUUUGACGUUUGCUGUAAAUUGUCAUGUCAUAGUUGCGCCAUCUUGAUAUAACUCAAAAACUUGGGUUUUAAUUUUAUUUACUUCUUUUUAUUUAGUUAGAUUUAUUAACUUAUUUAGAUUUUAAUGAAAUCCUUGUAUUUUUUAAAUUUUAAUGAUACUGGGUACAAGAGUGGACCUGAAAUAGACCAUCUCAUUUGGCUAGGCAAGGAUAUUAACACGAGCGGAGAAGGGGAGUGUUAAUCGAUUGUCAAGGAAUUCCUUAACCCUACGCACAUUGGCCACAAAUCCAGGACUCUGCUCGGAGGUUUUCUCUCCGCCACGCUAUGGAUCCGGCAACCGCACGGUGAAUCCAUGGAAUGCUAUAAUAUUCGUCUAUCUUAGUUUGCGUAGUUUUGCAAGUAUUUUGAAAUAAACAAAAUGACUUUAUUUAUGUAUGAAAGAUGAGUAGUGGUCAUGUGAAGAUAAAUGUUUAACAUUCUUUGCUGAUUUUCCGUUCUGUUUCAUUUAUUUUUGAGAUGUUAAAAAUGAGCGAAAUAUUAUUGCUAUCCUCUUCAGAAAGGCUAACGCAUUGGCAAGCGUGUAGAUGGCAAUUGAUCCCCUUAAGCCAAAAGUUUGUUGAGGUUUAAAGUUUGCGGCAAAUAUUAAACGUGUGGUUUCGGCAUUAAGAUUCUGCAUAACGCCAGAAACACAUUUGUAUCGCUACCCAACGCCACGCUACGAGUCGCCUGUGAACAGAUAAUAUUUCUUAUUCUUUACGUGUGCGUGAACAUGUUUUUUUAGUUUUAAAAUAGCGAUCUAGGAUGUAGGCUCGACCUACUGCACGUCUUUUUCAGAGAGGCAGACAGAGGGUGCCCUUAAUAAGCUGUUCCAGUUCAAAAAACCUGUUGAACUGACAGGUUGCAGUGAUUAUAUCUUUAUUCAUAACUAACGGAUGACUUCGUCCGCCAUUACACUCCCUUUACGGCCCUGUCGCGAAAUUAGUUCUUAGCUGAUGUUUAGGUAAAUAUAAACUACUUUCCUGCCAAAUUUCACACAGUCUCAUAGCCGAUACAUGACUAAAGCCUCCUCCUUACAGGGGGAUUUAAAGCUUAGGCCCACAACUCUUGUUUGAACUAUUAGAUGUGAUUGAUAUCAUAUUCUCCGAGCUGCUGCUUUAAAGGCAUUGUCUUAAGUCUUAUCAGCUAACCACAGAACCCAUGAGACUGCUAUGAACAGAGCUUCUCUUCUACGUUGAAUAGGUUAGGGUUCAGUGCCGCUGUUUCUCCUGUAAUAUUACUUCUUCUAACUUUUUUCAAUACUGCAGUGCAGUAGGUAAAUACAUAGUCAUUUACCUACGGCAUGAAACGUUUACUGAACAUGCGUUUAGUAGCGAGGCGUUGGUCGUACCCCAACAAUUAGGUUUUAAUUUUUGUACGCAUUAAAAUUUUUUUUGCAUUUUAUUUUGCUUUUGCUUGGAACUGUUAGUUAGUUAAGCUUUUUUUUUUGUGAUAUGUGAUUGUGUAAGUUCAGUGGUACCAAAGGUGCUUAUGGAUGUGGACUGCAUUUACUUGACGGAAUGUGUAAUAUAUGAUGUUUUGUUGUAAUAUAAUGUUCCAAACGG